AUGGCACCCGCCUUGGAGAUCACGAUACCAAACACAUCAACAGCCACCCCCAGCGACAGCAAACGAUACACGCUCUACCACAUCGUCCUCCGGUUACCGCUACGAAGACACGAAGUCGAGAAGCGGUACAGCGACUUUGUGAACCUCGACAAGCAGCUAACCUCCCAAGCUGGUCAACCCCCACCGGCGCCCAUACCUGGCAAGUCCUGGCUCCGGCGAACAGUCAACAAUGCUGCUUUGGCAGAAGAGCGCCGGCAAGCGCUUGAGAAGUACGUCAAGAGCAUCGUAGAGUCGGACGAUGCUCGAUGGAGAAGCAGCAGUGCCUGGAGAGCCUUCUUGAAUCUGCCAAGUGGAACAGCCUCGAGCAAUCCGAACGGCACGCUCUCGAGCUCGAAGCGGAGGGAGAGCGCCGGGGGCAUCAAGGAUCCGAACGAGUGGUUGGAUGCGCACCGAGACUUGAAGGACCAGAUACAGGCUGCGAGACAACUGCUGAAACAACGGGAGGCAGCGACCACUGCACAAGCACAGCACUCGCUGUCUGCCGAGGCGAAGGGAAGCUUGGUGCGAGCGGCAGCAUUCAUCACUCAGCUAGGCGAUGGGCUGAAGAGCAUAGCGGAUGCGAGUAAGGGCGACGAUGCGGGCUGGGGCGGUGGCAAGAGGCUUGGAGAUGGAGAGAUCAGACGUCGGAGGGAUCUACUUGGAGCAGCUAAGAAGGAGGUGGAGGGGUUGGAAGGGUUGCUAAGGAGCAUGGCCACGAAGAACAGCAACACGACGAGUGCGGUGCAGACGGGUGCGGUGGCGACAGCUGGUGACAAGGAAGGGCUGUGGAGAGGAACUUCCGCCGCGAAGCCGAGUGGUCGUGUGCUUGGUGGGCCUUUGAAGGAGACAGAGCGAACGCGGGAGCUCGACAACUCGGGAGUUCUGCAGCUUCAAUCACAAAUCAUGGAGGAGCAAGACGAAGAUGUGAUGGUGCUUGGGAAGACGGUCGCCAAGCUGAAGGAUAUGGGUAUUCUCAUCAACGAGGAGCUGACGGUGCAGAAUGAGAUGCUCGAUUUGGUCGAUCAGGACACAGAUCGUGUGCAAGGCAAGAUUGAUGUGGCGAAGAAGCGGAUCGGCAAGAUCAAGUGA